AUGGCUUCGACUUCUGAAUCAAAGGCCGAUGCCACCCCCACCACCGAGCGCCCUACAGUGAUCGUGUGCGUAGGAAUGGCCGGAUCCGGAAAGACCACAUUCAUGAGGCGCAUCAACUCGCACCUCCACUCAAAAGGCAGUCCUCCAUACGUCAUCAACCUUGACCCCGCGACACUCGAGGUUCCCUUCGACUGCAACAUCGAUAUUCGCCAGUCAAUCAAGUACAAGGAUGUAAUGAAGCACUACAACCUCGGGCCCAACGGUGCCAUUAUGACCUCGCUCAAUUUGUUUGCGACCAAGGUUGACCAAAUGGUUGGUUUGCUGGAGAAGAGAGCGAAGCCGGACCCCGAACACCCGGAGCGCAAACCCGUCAAGCAUAUCAUUGUUGAUACGCCUGGUCAAAUCGAAGUCUUCGUAUGGUCAGCAAGCGGCCAAAUCCUCCUCGAGUCCCUCGCAUCCUCCUUCCCCACCGUACUCGCCUACAUAAUCGACACCCCACGCACGACGUCCACAAGCACAUUCAUGAGCAACAUGCUCUACGCCUGCAGCAUCCUCUACAAGACCAAACUCCCCAUGAUCCUCGUAUUCAACAAGACCGAUGUCAAAGACGCCAGCUUCGCCAAGGAGUGGAUGACGGACUACGAAGCCCUUCGCGAGGCCCUCGCCGACGACGAACUCCGCGCCGAGACCGAGGGCGCCGAAAGCGGAUCCGGAUAUAGCAGCAGUCUGCUAAGCUCUAUGAGUCUCGUGCUCGAGGAGUUCUACUCGCAUCUCAGCGUCGUUGGCGUCAGUUCCAGGGUAGGUACGGGAGUUGCCGAGUUCUUUGAGGCUGUGAAGGAGAAGGCGGAGGAGUUCGAGCGGGAUUACCAGCCCGAAUUGGAUCGUUUGAGGACCGCGAAGGAGGAGGAGAAGGUUAAGAAGCGGGAGAGGGAACUGGAGAAAAUGAUGAAGGGUAUGUCGGUCCAGGGUGGGGAGAGUGACCUCGUUUCUAAGAUUGGAAGCGUCGACGUGGUGGAGGAUAGCGGAGACGAGGAAUAUGAGGACGAGGAGGGUGGGAGCUCCGCGCUUCAGGACAGGUACAAGGCGGCGCUUGGCGGUGGGGGUGAUUCUGUGGAGGCGGAAGCGAGUUAUGCCAAGUAUCUUCACUCGCAGAGGCAGUAG